CAAAGAAAUGUAUCCUCUCCAGUAGCUCAGUCAAAGGAUUGUUUGGUUUGUUUUUAAAUGCGUUGUUGUGCACUGAAGUUUUGGCAAAAAUACUCCCUGAUUUCAGACCAGGAACGUCCACGAGCAAAAUGAAGGAACAGAGAGGGCGCGUCAUCCUCCGGUUCUUCAGACAACAACUCCAGUCGGCUUAACCGCGAACAGAGCACGCAGCGAAGUCCGCCCCAGCGGCACCAAGUCCUAUCCAACAACUUUCCAGCUGAAGGAUUCCAUUCUACAAUGGAGAGGAUUGACAGUCUAAUGAAACAGGAGUUUGUCAGUGUCUGGGUCCAGGAUCCACAGUUCCACAAAGAUGACUUCUGGCACACGCACAUCGACUACGAGAUCUGUUUACAUACCAAUAGCAUGUGUUUUAGGAAGAAGACGUCCUGUGUGCGUAGGCAGUACAGUGAGUUUGUUUGGCUCCGGCAGCGUCUGCAGGACAAUGCUAUGCUCAUUGAGUUGCCCAAACUACCUCCCUGGAAUCCGUUCUUCAGUCUGAACAACCCCUAUCAGGUCAACCAGCGGAUGAAGGGCCUACAGGAGUUCCUAGAGACUGUCCUCCAGGACCCCCUGCUGCUGUCUGACAGUAGAGUGCACCUGUUCCUCCAAUCCCAGCUCAGCGUGACCAAGAUGGAGGCGUGUGUCUCGGGCCAGACACGCUACACAGUGGCCCAGGCCAUCCAGAUGUGUAGCGACUGCCACCGUACACGCUUCCCCGUAGAGAAGAGCCGCAAGGAGUACUGCGACUCGAACUGCGAAAGCACCACAUCAUCAGGUCUAGGCCACAGCCACGACUCGGGGGUCCCCCAGAGCUCCAGCCCCCUACCCUGUGACAGCAGCACUUGUGUAAACUGUGAUGGAAACCUAACCAUCAGGGACAGAGGAUUUUUCAGCAGAGAGUCCUCUCGUGAGCAGGAACACACUGAGCCCUGACACAUGCACAAAGGGGCUGUUUCCAAGACAAAUAUUCAGCCUAGUCCUGCACCCAAAAUUAUGCUAAAUGAUUGAAAGUACUUUUUAGUUCAGGACUAAGCGUUGUCUUUGUCCGGGAAGCCGCCCCAAAGACUGUUUGCUGCUGUUCCAGGUUCACUUCUCAAACCUCUGAAGAUGAGGAGGCGGAGUAGAAUGGCCUUUUUUACGUGGUUCUCCAUUGGCAUUCUCUGUGUCCCCUAUCUGUCUUUUAAAAUGUCUGAACUAUAUGUUUUCUUAAAGGAUAUUGUUAUUAUAUUGAUACACCCACUAUUGUGGACUGACUGGUGUUGCUAGUGAACAAGUCUCUUCUCCAAAACGUAGCAUUGUCUUAAUGCAAUAUCUCAGUCUUAAACUCUAAAUUGUGCCUCAACAUGUUUUAAAAAAAUAUAUAUUUCUAUAAUUUAACCUGCAAUGAUACUGGGAAAGAUUCUUAAAUUAUGAAUUAUACUUUGUUUAUUUUUUAUUUGUACUAUUAAACUGUGUUCUAAGGAGUGUGUUGUAUAGGCUCGUAAAAAUAAAAAAGAUUUCUAAAAUAUUUUUAAAUGAGUAUUCCAAGUAUCAAUAAAUAUUGUUUUUUGAAAAACUAA